UACGAAAAGCUGAAUAUGAAUAUGAAUUAUGUGGAUUGAGAGAUAUUGGGAUUUGAGAGUCCAUAGGAAUCGCCCCGCUUAUUACACUUGACACGCCUGGUCGAGCGCUAUAAAAAGAAAUUGCACGCGAAAGUGAUAUAAUUACGUAUAGAAAUAAUUUUCCAUUUGGGCAAUUGAAAUACAAAUAUGAACGUGUGAUAAAAAUAGAGCCAAUGCGGAGAAGAGAGAUAGAGUGAGAGCGAGAGAGAGAGAGAGAGAGAGACGAACGUUUAAGUAAACUCUGAGCAUAAGCAGAAUUUCUGAAAUUGGACUGCGCCAUGGAGAAUGCCGGGCAUCAGGGAGCUGUGGCAUCGUCCAGGCAGAUACGACACCGCCGCCGCAUGGCACGCAGUCAGCGCGAGCAGACGCCCGACGCCAGCCGGAGGUACUCGGACCACCAACGGGAGGAUCAGGAUGAGGAUCAGGAGCCGACGGCACAGCACGUGUCCAUGCAGAUUCGUCCGCCCGGUGUAAUGUCCGCCCACGAGAGCAAAAUCCUGCGACGAAGGGACAAAAGCUUCGCGGGCGUCGCGGCGCGUAGCCAGAGUCAACCGCGCGAGGCCGAGAAGCUGAGCAUUCCCGAUGCCCACCAGCUGAUCAAGCACCAACGCAGUCUGUCGUCGCCGCGGCACAAGGACGAGUCCAGCGAGAGCGAGCUGACGGGCAGCUCGCAGUCACAGUACACGGCCCAGCAGAAGCGGGGCAGCAACGGGGACACGCUCAGCCGGCUGGAGCAGAACAUGCUGCGCUUUGAGGAGGAGCGACGCCGCUUCGAGACAGAGAAGCGGCUGUUCGAGCGCGAGCGGCGGGAGCACAAGGUGCGUCAUCGCCAGCAGCUGGACCACGAGGAGCGCAAACGGCUGCUGCAAAACUACCGCAAGAUCAGCGACGGCUUCCAGCUGCCGCAGGACGAGGAGGAGCGCCGCCGACUGGUGCAGAGCCUGCGCCUGCAGCGCCACGAGGCGCCCUCUGUGCGUCUGCGCAAUCGCAGCAGCGGCUACGAGGAGUCGUCCACCCAGUUCAGUUCCUCCGAUGCGGACACGACUGAGGAAAGGCACACCAAGGUCAAGAAGGCAGCACCUCCGCUGCAGGGCUAUGUAGCUGUGCCCAUUCGUGGAGCACCACCCCCGCCGCCGACCACCCAGGCAGCACCCAAGCCACCGGAACGCCACUCGGUCAGUCGAAACAAUUCUCUAUCGCCCGUGCGUCCCCAGAGACGCUCGAAGACGCCCGAGCAACGAGAGGCACAGGCAGAGCAAUCCAGCCGCAAAUCGGAAUAUGUGGAGGUGGGCGAGUCUGCGGUCGAGCAGCCCGUCAGGCUGAAGCUCAGCGAGGAGGAGCAGCGCGCAGAACUGCGUAGAGCCUAUGUGGAGGCAGCCGAAAGAGCCGCAGCUGCUGAGGCGGCACUGAUCAAAAGUCUGGACAAAGUGAGGCGCAGCAACAGCCUAAAGGUGCCAGAGCUGGAACCAACUGUCAAGCCGGAGACCAAGCGCAGCUCCAGCCUGGAGCGACCAGCGAGGGCAAAGCGCACAGCCAGCCUGGAGCGGCCGAAGAAACAGGAGGAGGAGCCACAGCCCAUUGAAGCAGAGCCUCAGGCAUUGGAAACCGAAACGGAAGUGUGUACAAUAGAGAAACCCUCACUCCUAAGGCGGCUAGGCAACCUUUUCAGGAGCAAACAGCGUGUCGGGCAAACCAGAUCUGUGAUUCCAAUGGAAACCUCAGACCAAAAAGAAAUUUAUAGCUGCAUGUCGAGGGCAUUUCUGGUGCGGCUGCGCUUGGAGGCGGUGCACGAGUGGCGGCGCCUCAAGCUGGACUAUCCCGUGCGCAUGGCCGAGAUGCGACGGCUGCGGAACGAGUGCAUCGCCCACAUCAUAUUGCUGAUCCUGCUGCUGGGCUUUGGCGGACUGCUGUUCCGCUACACGGAGGGCAUGUCGGAGAACAUCUACAAGUGCGAGGUGCGCAAGGUGAAGCGCGACUUUAUCGACAAUCUGUGGACAGUCAGUCACAACAUGAGAGAGGAUGACUGGAAGUCCUUGGCCCGCCAGAAGCUACGCAAUUUCGAGGAUGAGCUCAACACGCUGGCAGAGCUCGGUCUGCGCCGAUAUCCAGGGCAAAAGUCAUUCAACUUUGUCAACUGCUUCAUAUAUUGUUGGACCGUCAUCACAACCAUAGGUUACGGACACAUAACACCGAAGACAACUGUGGGACGCUCGUUGACUAUCAUCUAUGCCAUCAUUGGCAUUCCGAUGUUCCUGAUUGUGCUGGCGGAUUUGGGUAAACUCUUCACGCGCUGCGUCAAGUUCCUGUGGGCGUAUGUGAGGCGCGUCUACUACACUCGCUCCUGUCGCCAGAUUCGAAAGCAGCAGCAGGUGCGGGAUGCCAUGACUGGAUUCAAUACGGUCUACGACAUGGCUAUACGCCGGCCCAGCAUGUUCUUCGGCAUGACUGACGCGCCCGCCGAUGCCGAAUCGCAGGCAGACGGCGAUGCUGAGGCUGGCAAGUCGUUGGGCACCUCGCACCCGGAGACACCGACAUCUCCAUAUCCCGAGACCUUCGAGGUGGAUGACGAGUUCAACUUGCCGGUUUCGGUGGCCACCAUGCUGCUCAUUGCCUACAUACUGUUGGGCAGCGUGGGCUACACAUUCAUUGAGACGAGCUGGUCAUUUCUGGACGCCUUCUACUUUGUCUUCAUCUCGAUGUCCACGAUUGGAUUUGGCGACCUGGUGCCGGGCAAUCCGUUCUACGUGAUGGUCAGCAUGAUCUACCUGAUAUUCGGCCUGGCUUUGACAUCUAUGUUCAUCAACGUGGUGCAAAUAAAGCUCAGCGAUCACUUCAAGCGCGCCAGCGCCAAGGUCGGCGCCACCAUCGGCAUGGGCAUGGCCAGCGAGUUUGGCGACGAGCUCGGCUCCCAGAUCAAGACCCCGUCGGAGCUGGCUUCCGUGCACGGCUCGCGCCUGGGUCCCAUUGAGGAGGAUGGUCGCGAGACGCCAGCCAACGGAGCAGCUGCACCCAGUGCUAGCCCAGUGCCGCCGCUGACAUCGAUAUUGCGAGCACCACGCCCCCUUUCGCCAGCCUACAUCACAAGGGAAAGCCCACCUCCAUUGAUGCCCAAGCGCCAAUUGGAUGCCCAACAGCAGCCGACACCGUCCGAGAGCGAAACAAAGAAAAAGUAUAGAUUCUUCUAGGAUAUAUAUUUUUAUUCACGUCAGCUCGAUUUCUUAAUCGAACUUAAAGCUUAAUGAAAUUGGGAGUCUCGACACCUGAAAAAUACUUAUAGGGAAAUUGAAAAUGACAAGAAAACUGCAAACGAAUUUAUGCUUGACAAUAUGGGUUUAUUUAUUUGUUCAUCAAAUAAGUAAUUAAGUUAUUCUUACUUAUAAUAAAAUAAUGCAUGAAUUUACAUUUGUUUUUAUUUGCUU